AAAUCCGAAGAUUUCAUGGCGAGCGAUCUUAAGUCAAAGAAUGAUUUGCAAUUCAUUUUUUUAAUGGAUCCAAAGAUCACCUUUUUCAAAAAAUUUGCAGAAAGAAGACGGCAACGAGAAGUUAUUAAGAUGCUACUGGACCGAGAAUUGCUUCCAUUGGAUGCUGUAAAGCAAACCACCUUUUUCUUUAAAUAUGAUGCUCUUUCCAAAUUUGAUCUAGAAAAUAUUUGGAGUGAAUUAUACAAUUCAAAAAUAUCACUACCACCCCAAACCACACAAAUUAUUCAUCCCAUUUUAACUACUUUUCAAAUACCUGCUGAAUUUAUUGAUUUACUAGAAUCAGAAAUUUUUGAUUACACCAAACCCACAAAUAAAAAUUUUGAUUUAGCAUGGAAGCAAUUCGCUUUGUGGGCAUUUUUUGCAAUCAGUCCUUCUAUUGUAAAGCAGAUUCGUAACCAUUGUCA